AACAUGCUCGUACAAAGCAGAGCACCGAGGCAUUGACAAACUCAGCAAGAUCUCUUCGUCUGCCUUCCCUGAAUUGCUUUUGUAUCUACAGUGCUUUGCUUCUAUUGUGUCCCAGAUUAUAAGAUGGGAUGUACCACAGGCCACUUCACCUGUCAACCGCAGACAACAGCGGCUCCAACCUUGGAAAGCCAGUCACAAGAAGGAGGACCCAAAGUCCCCGAGGUCCUGUCAUCUCUUGAGAGACUCUCGCAGGCUACGGGAGGGAUGGAGAAGUCCUGGUAUCGCUGCAUCUUUCCUUUUGGGAUCAUCUCACUGGUGAUUGGAGUUGCUGGAACGGGGGUGACAUACACCUAUAAUGAUCUCCCGCAGACUAAAGUGGUGUCUGUGAUCCUGCUGAUUGUGGGUCUUGUCUUGGUACUGAUGGCCACGGCUUGCUGGACUGUCCACAAGAAGAAGCGCAGGAAAAAGAAGGAAGGGGGUUCGUUCAGCUCUGAACAGUGUCCGCUCUGAGAGCGCCUCAAAGCUGGAUAAAACAGACCCUUUAGCACCCAGAUCUUCAGGUAUAUGAGGACAGGCUGUGGAGACUCCAAUACAGCAUUGAGGGUUCAUCGGAGGGAGUCACACAUGCAGUUUACCGUCGCUCAGCAGGUGUCUGGUAUCAAAACAACACACAUACACACACACACAGGACACUUAACACUAACUGCGAGCUGCUCUCGGAGCCACUGCUGCCGUCAGUGCCGCUGUCAGUCUCCUGCAUUCCUGGAGAAGCGGGCCAGCAAUCGGACACCGCCACGAAAGAGGAGUUCACCUCCGUCACCGUCGCACGUCAUUCGUCCGUCCCGGUGACACCGUAGCAAUGUGGGAGCUUUUUUACCCCAAGUGGAACUUGAACCUGCGUCUGCUGGCUUCAACCGGCAGCUGCGGAUCAGGAUGGGAGGGAAAAAGCGCGGACUGGAGAGGUCGAGAAUGCAUCUGAGUGUGUGUGCGUAUGUGCUGAUUUUGGUGGUUUACAAGGACAUACGUUUGUAUUAUAACGUAAGUGAGUUUUUCCCUAAAACAAGCAAAAUAAUCUUGUUUUUUUAAAUUUUGACAUAAUAUAUCUCAAAAUAAUCUUAUUUUUUUAUUUUGAUGUAAGAUUAUUUUGCUUGUUUUAAGGAAAAAUUCACUUGAUUUUGACUUAUGGCAUGGUAUGACCUAGGUAUUACAACAUUAUUUGGUAUUACCUAGGCAUUGCAGCACAUAUGCUUACUCCAUUGGCAGAUUAUUUUGCUUGUUUUAAGUAAAAACUCAAUUCAUUUUGACUUGUGACCGAGGUAUUACAACACUGAGGUUGUUUAUGAGGACAUGUCUGAUGUCCUUGCAGUUAAAAAUCAUACCUAAUGGGGUCUUUUGACAUUCAAAGUUUGCUACAGUUCUCCUGUUAGGUUUAGAGGUAGAGUUUUUUACAGUAUAAAAAACAUUACGCCUAUAGAGAAUCCUUAUAAUCCACCAAUACCAGCUUGUGUGUGUGGGAUGGACGGACUAGAGAGACAAGACACCUGUUCAGCCUCUUUCGCUGUCAACCCUCCGUCAAUCGUAGCCUCUAAUGAUUUAAGACAAGGGUGCAGCACCUGGGGUCUCAUUUAUAAACAUGGUGUACGCACAAAAAAUGGUCUAAAAAGAAAAACAAACCUGAUUUAACUGAAAUAUUGACUUUAUUGAAUCACUUUAAAUAAUAAUGUAAGAGAUGAAUAAAUAAAUGAAGAUUUAUUUUGGCGUACGUUCACUUUUACACUCAAAAUUGUAUGCUUGCUGCUUGUUCUAGCUGAAAUAAGCUGAAACAACACAAUUCUUGACAUUUUUUCUGGACAACUUAAUAUUUUUAUGUUCAAUCCACUUAAAUUUGUUGCUUUGGCUUAAUAAAUUUGUGUAGGAAAGUUUCUACACUGUAAAAAAUGCUGGGUUCCACUUAAUUCCUUCAUGUUGUCCCAACACAAAUGGGUUAACUUAAUUGUUUUAACAAUCUAAGUGGAUUGAACAUAAAACAAUUAAGUUGUACCAAAACAACCUUAAGAAUGGUGUUGUUUCAACUCACUUUAAAUAAGUAGUUCGAAAAGCAGGGGAAAAUAUCAUUGUUUGAGUGAAUAUGCAAAGUUUUACAAAUGAGACCCCUGAUAUUGAAGACACAAAACUCCAAGCUCAGUUUUAAUGGGACUUUUACACAGUGUAGAUUGUGUGAGUGAGUGUGUGUGUGUCUGGCAAAUCCAGGACUCCUCAAGAAGCUCAUAUAGUCGGUAUUUGGAAAAUCAACCACAGAGGAAUGUUAUAAUGACACUGUUUAAAGAAAGGCGAGCAAGCCGAAGGGCCUUUUGUUCUGAGACAGCCUGAGAAGAAAAUUCAUUUCCUGUCUGACAGAUUACAGGAUUACUAGGGGGAGAAAAAAACGCCACAAAGGGUACAUGAGAAGUCAAAAGUGUCUGUUUUGCUUUUGUUCCAGUGCCUUGAGCAAGCGAUAGCAUGGUACAGUACCUGAGCUCUGUUUUAUCCCUCUGUCUCUCUCUUUUUUCCUUUUUCCAGUGCCAGCUUUAAAACUCAAACUCAGCUAUUUUGGCAUGUCCCCCCCCAAAAAAACAACAUGCGUAAAUAUGUCGUCGCUUUGACCUGGUCAGUGUCCACAAAGGCUGUAGCUUACAUCCGUUUUCACAAUGGGAAUACUGCUUAUUUACACUGCCUUGAUCUGGGAAGCGUUUGGCACGUUUUGUUAUGGAUACAAUGGGUGGGUAGCGGAUGGUCAAUUAAAGGCACAGUGCAACUAAAAAUGAAAGUUCUGUCAUCAUUUUACUCGACCCAUAUGCUGAAAUGUGAUAUAUGACUGUAUAUAUAAGCAUAUAUAUAUAAAAUUAUCGCUAAUAUAUGAAGAUAUAUUUGUAAAUGGGAUAUUACGAAAUUGUAGCUAAUAUAUUUGUAGUAUAUAUGACUUAUAUAUUAUAUAUGUGGGGCUAAACUUCUAUUUUUGGAACAGCCUUUGAUUUUAGCACUUUGGGAUUCUCUAUGAAUAUGAAGUGUGUUAUAAAUAAAAUGCAUUAUUGUUAUGAUUAUAUGUGAUUUAUAACAAUCUGAACUUCUAUGUCAGAUCUGUAAUUGCAUAUAGAUUGCUGUAUUUCAGAUUUCUACACUGCAAAAAAGUUUUUUUUGUCUUAUUUCUGGUCCAAAUAUCUAAAACUUCUUAAAUAAAGAAGCAUUUUCUGGAAAAGCAAAACAUAUUGUCUU